GUCAGCAUCAAAGACCCAAAAUCUCUGCCUGAUUUCUGGGCGAUUGGAGGCCCCUCAAAAAUGCGACUGAUUGCUACGGGUAGAGCCCUAAGAUUGGGCCGCGCUAGGUGGUUAAUUGGGCCUGCUUACAGCGGUAGUAGGGGAGCGACAUUCGCAUUGUUUACGCCUGUUAAUGACUCGGCUCUUCGAUUUAUCACUACCACCGCCCCCAACAAAGCGAGCGCCAAUACACAUUCUGCGCUCGACUCAACACAAUUGCACGAUAGGAAAGCAACAAAGGUUGACGGUAAUAGCUACGCCGUCGAUAAAUGGACAAACACUCCUCCCCAUAUUCUGUCUCACAUUAAUCGCCAUAUCUAUCUUCAACCAAACCAUCCACUCGAUCUGACAAGAAGAUUGAUCGAAAGUCAAUUUCCUGGUCCUGUCUAUGGGAAUUACUCAGAACCUUUCCCCAUCGUUACGACCGAGCAGAAUUUUGAUGUCCUCGGAUUUCCCUCAGACCACCCCGGACGGAGUCGCUCGGAUACGUACUACCUGAACGAGAAAACAGUCCUUCGAACUCAUACCAGCGCACACCAGGCAGAUUACUUUCGGCGGAUGAGUAGCAAUGAGAAUCAAGAGGAAGGGUAUACGGUGGUAGCAGACGUUUAUCGUCGCGAUGCGAUUGAUCGCAGUCACUAUCCAGUUUUCCAUCAAAUGGAGGGGGCUCGGCUGUGGAAGCGUCACGAGGGAAUGUCGGCCGCCGAAAGUGCCGCGCAGAUUUUGAAGGAUUUUGAAAAGCUUCCUGCGCAUGGAGUUGAGGUUGAAGACCCAAACCCAGUGACGCACCCAGAGCGCAACCCGCUUCAGUCGCAGUUCCACAGCCAAGAGGAAGUGGAAGCUGUUGCAGCCCAUCUCAAACGGUCGUUGGAAAAUGUCGUUGUAAAGAUUUUCAUAGAGGCUUCUAAGGCUACUAGUAACGCCAUGAAAGCCGGGGAAGAACAACUCCAGGAGCCUUUGAAAAUCCGGUGGGUUGAAGCAUAUUUUCCGUUCACUAGUCCGUCAUGGGAAUUGGAGGUUUUUUGGCAGGGCGACUGGCUAGAAGUACUCGGCUGUGGUGUCAUCAAACAAGAACUACUCAACAAUUCUGGCGUCCCUGACCGCGUUGGCUGGGCGUUUGGGUUGGGACUGGAGCGCAUCGCCAUGCUUCUAUUCAACAUCCCGGAUAUUCGUCUGUUCUGGUCGGCAGACCCGCGAUUUAUUAACCAAUUCAGAGAGGGAAAGAUAGUGCGAUUUCAACCGUUCUCUAAAUAUCCUGGGUGCUAUAAAGACGUCGCCUUCUGGUUACAAUCAGCAACUGCAAGUGGUACAGGGGCAAGCGCUGCCGGCGGUGCUAUGCCCUUCCACGACAAUGACAUGAUGGAAAUAGUGCGUGAUUGUGCCGGAGACAUGGCCGAAGACGUCAAACUUGUUGAUGAGUUUGUGCAUCCCAAAACUGGCAGGAAAAGCCUUUGUUAUCGAAUCAAUUAUCGAAGCUUGAAGCACACGGUAACAAACGAAGAAGCCAACGAGGUGCACGAAAAAGUUCGAAAGAGUCUUGUAGAACUGAUCGGCGUUGAGCUUCGAUAGGGUUGAUGUAUUGUAUAGUAGAAGUUCUAGUCAUGGUCUAAGGGGCUUCACCAUGUUGAAACCAUCCAACAGCAACAGCACAUGAUGUACAAUUAAAGUCUACAUCGAUAUUAAAAAUCAAAUUAUCAUAAUUUAAUAAAAUAUUAGCG